CACGGUCGCCAUGUUUAUCAUGUUUGUGUUACACGAGCAAAGUACAGAGUUAAUGUCGGGUUAAAAAAAAGACUUAUUACAAGAACUCGAUGUAAAUAAAAAGCAUUUUUUAUGAUAUGUGAAAAUCAGAAGAAGAUGAUAUCAACAGGAUGGAUGGGAAAAGCGAAACAGUCAAGCUACGAUUGGCUGUAUGUGCGGCUGGUCACAGAGGUAGGGUGCAGGGAUUGCUUGAUAUGCUCUUACGCAUUUACCCUGAAUUAGAAGUCGAAUACCAUGAACUACCGUACAAUCGCAAUGAUAUUGAUGAUUUCAAGUUACCAUCCGAUACCAACCUCGUGCUACUAUGUCAUUCUAUCGGGAACAGAAGAAUUGUCAUCACUGAUGUCCAGGGCGCCCUCUACGAUGAAUUCCUGAACUACACUGCUGAAACCGUCGGUCGAGACAGGGUAUGUAUUAUAGUCCACGACUUUACAUCAAUCGAAGAUUUGAGCAAACCUGAUAGGUACAAACUGAAGAUGGAACAGUUGAGAAAUCAACAAGGUAAAGCCUUUAAAAACUCUUAUCUUGUCAUGAUGUGUGGUAAAAUUUGUGGACCAGGCGUUCAGUUACUGCAAAGAAACUUGAACGACUUGGAUGUAUUCCUGAGGAAUGCGUUCUUGGAAGUGGAGGUUGCGACGUCCAACCUUAGUUUCGGACACAAUGGAAGAAGGACCGUGCUGUACCAACUGUUUGCAACAUUGUCAUAUCUGGGUAAAUUACUGAUAAAGGCCCGAGACAAAGGCCCCAGUAAACCGGAUCCAGUCCGGGCCAUAACAAGGGCUUCAGCCCGGAGUAUGGCACGGGCUGCAGCUCAACAAAAUAUAACCAUGGCAACGCUAAAAUCGGGGCUUUGAUCCAUUCCUAGACUUGUUUCAAUUCUUGGUUGACCCGUUCACUGUGUCAAGUAAAUGCUUUGGGCCCUUUUGGGAAAAGAAGGUCAUUGAUGUAAGCAAGAAAAAGAAGCGGGUCUAAUAUUGAGCCUUGUGGGAAUCCACAUGAAAUUAAUUUGGUAGUGAAAUUAUGCGCUAUCAAUCUUAAUUUUGUUUACAUUAUGCGCAACUUCUUAUUUUCAUGUAUUCGACCUAACCGUGUAAAUGAAAAUAAUGAAUGAUUAUGUGCGCCCCCAUACCAUGCAUACGGUGCGCUGUGACGACUUGAUUGCGAGGUAUAAAAAUGAACGUAUUUUCGGGUAAUAUGUCAAGCAAAAUCGACUCUAACAUAAAAACGGGCAGCUAAAUCUAGUAUCAACAAAAAGCUUAGACUUUGGGAAAAAUGAUGGUCAUAAAAUUUAGACGGAAAUCUAAACGUUUCAAAUGUAAAUGCAAAAAAACAUGGAUUAUCAGCCUAUUUUGAGGAAUAACCAUCCUAUAAACCACCUGAAAUGUGUCUUUUAUCUACGUUUAAUCCUUUCACACGAAAAAAAAUAUAUCAGGAUUAUGUGGAAGCCAUUUCAGAUUCAUACAUUAAAAACCUCCUGUGAAAUGAAUUGUGUAUCAUUUAGGUUGUCAUUAUACGAGGCAACUCGCAAAAUGUCAUAUUUUACGAUUUCAAACAGGAAAUUAACAACCUUAUGGAAUGUAAUAUUUUGCAGAGGUAUUCUUCAAAGUGUUGUUUUUCAGCUGGCCAUG